CUCUGCUGAUAUUGGAAUGCUUAGCCAAGCAGCUGGAGCAGAUCUGGAAAGAGACCUACUGAGAUGACCAUGCCUAACAUCAGCCACAGUUGCAGUGGUGUUAACAGUGUUUGGUGCAGUAGCAGCAGCAACCAGAGACAUGGACAAGAGCAGAAUUUGAGUCCCACUGGCCACCUGAUCACAGCCAUCUGCCUUGGCAUCAUCGGGAGCCUGGGCUUCCUCAAUAAUCUCUUGGUCCUGAUACUUUUCUGCCGGAAUAAAGUGCUAUGGUCUCCGAUUAACCUGCUGCUGAUGAACAUCUCUGUGAGCGACAUGAUGGUGUGCAUCAUGGGCACCCCCUUCAGCUUUGCCGCCAGCACUCAGGGACGCUGGCUCAUCGGGCCAGCUGGCUGCAUCUGGUACGGCUUCGUCAAUACCCUCUUUGGUACAGUUUCACUUAUAUCUUUGGCAGUGCUCUCUUAUGAACGCUACUGUACAAUGAUGGGAACUACAGAAGCAGAUGCCACAAACUAUAGGAAAAUAUGGAUGGGAAUCUUCUUAUCAUGGAUGUACUCUUUAUUUUGGACCUUACCACCCCUUUUUGGAUGGAGUAGCUAUGGACCGGAAGGACCAGGGACAACAUGUUCAGUAAACUGGCAUUCAAGGGAUGCUAACAAUAUAUCGUAUAUCAUAUGUCUCUUCAUCUUUUGCCUUGUAAUUCCUUUUUUCAUUAUUGUUUACUCUUAUGGGAAGCUGCUAUGUGCUAUAAAGCAGGUGAGUGGUGUUACUAAAGGAAUGGGCCGGACAAGAGAGCAACAUGUACUGAUCAUGGUGGUUGUGAUGGUAAUUUGCUUUCUUCUUUGCUGGCUGCCAUAUGGGAUCAUGGCCCUGAUCGCUACUUUUGGAAAACCUGGUCUAAUUACGCCGUCCGCCAGCAUCAUUCCAUCAGUCCUUGCAAAAAGUAGUACAGUCUACAAUCCAGUCAUCUACAUAUUUUUGAACAAACAAUUUUACAGGUGCUUUUGUGCACUUCUGAAAUGUGAUAAAACAUCUGCUACCACCAGCAACAAGUUUUCUUCAAAGUCCACCCGAGUGUGCCGCACUACACCAAGGGUACAGGACAACAACUUCACAUUUGUUGCUGCAUCUGCAGGACCACCAUCCUUGGAACGGCAGGAGGCCACCGUUAGCUUGCAGAAUCCAGAGCCAACCAUGGACAAUGGCCCAAGCACAAAACGAGAAGUGCUGCUUGUAGCUCACUAUAGCGCUUAAUCAAAGCAAACACUGACUUAUACUAUGUGAUUUGGGGGGUGUUGAUGGACAGGAGAAACAACUGUCAACUGGUUUUGUGACUUUGCCUACCACUUAAACUGAUGUAUGUUCAAUCCACCAACAAGCUGUUGCUGUCAUUCCUGAAGAUCCUGGUAAAUGGAAUUUCAGACCCUUUGGGUUUUUUUUAAUUAAUUAAAACAAGGGUCUCCUCUUAAAAAGUGUGUGGGAGAGGUGGGUAAGUUAAAAAACCCACAACACAAACACAUUCUAAAGAUUUUCCUUAUGCUAGAAAGAGGUCUGAUGCCUCUUAUUAUACCCAUUGCAAGUGUCAGGUGUUCCAUCCUGGAAUUUGUUAGGAUAUUUCAUCACUAAAUAGAAGCCCAGCAAAUGAGUAACUUAUUCUCCACUGGCAUGCAACAUCAGCAGUAUCCCAGAGCAUGUCCUUUUCUCAAAUUAUGUAAGUACGUGCUUUGGAUUAUUACGUAUCUUAAACUCACUUAACUCUUCAGUACAAGCCUGCAUACAUUAUAAUAAAAUUUGAAUAUCUUGAGCCACUCAGAAAUUAAGCUAUACAUAUUGGACGUUUGCCAAAGGUUAAUUCUUGCUAGAUAAACUAUUCAAAAACAAUACUUAUUUUUAGGAUUCUUGAAGGAUUCUGAUUUUGGGAGAAUGGGGGAAGUUAAGCUAUAGUUUUUGUGGGGAUAUAUAGUAGAGAUCUAUUCAUUUGCUUAAGUAAACGGGGCAGCAAAGAGAUCUAUCUUGCCUCUCUCCAGAGCCACAGAUCUAUAAAUAAAUUCAAAAUAAUGUAACUGAGCAUGAGUUCAGAGAAGCAUCAUUAUUCAGAGCAUGAAGACAAUUGAUCGUGCAGAUCAUUGCACUGAUGCCUGGACUUGUGAAGAUUAAGCUCUUUUUUGGAGAGCAUAUUCUUGCCUUUUGAGGAUUGGAGAAGGAUGCACGCCAACCAUGUCUUCAACCAUUUAGAGUAAUUUGAUCUACAAAGAGGCAUAGUGUUGACAUAUUGCAGUGGAAGAAGUUAGUCAUCCCAGUCCACAGUCACAAAUAUGUUGAAGAGUUUCCUUGGUAGUCAUCAAUAUAUAAGAGGGCAUAUGUCUCUAUUUUACCUGGAGGUUUCUGGAUUUUCAUAAGGUGUCCAAUGAACUUCUUUCAGAAUACUUAAGUGUGCCAUUUUGGGGGUUUCAAAACGUUUGGAUGUUUAUAACUUGAAAGUGUUCAAAACAUAGUGCUAUACAAAGAAGAGUUUGUUCAUUAUUUAUCAGGAACAAACAGUCUAGUGUUCACUAAAAACUGCUCUGUUUCUCAAAGAGAAAAUUAAUGGCACUUAACAUUCUGAAUGAGUUUCAGGAAACUUAUGCUACUGGAAAAAAAAUCCUCAACUUUGAGGAAUGUGCACAUGUCACUGUUAAGUCAGAAAAUGGGAGUAGUGUCAUCAGUACACUUUAAAAAAGAUAUAUACAGUAACUCCUCACUUAAUGUCAUCCCAGUUAAUGUUUUUUCGUUGCUGAUCAAUUAGAGAAUCUGCUCGUUUAAAGUUGCGCAAUGCUCCCUUAUAAUAUUGUUUGGCAGACGCUUGUCUUUCUGCAAGCAGUGGACAAAGCAAGCCCAUUU